AUGAAGUUCACUACUGUCUCGGCGCUUCUGGCCCUUGUAUCUCCUGCUCUCGCUGACUGGCACUUCGCCAAGGGCAAGGAUAUCAAGUACACCUCUGUCGAGGGUUUCUUCAUGCAGGAUGACCUUGCCACUGACGCCAGCAAGUUCGACUACGCUCAAUGGAACUUUGGUCUCUUGAACCGCACAUAUCCCACAGAUCCCAAGAACCCCCGAAAGGGCUACAAGACUCAGUGGGAGCGAUUUGAGCAGUAUGUCAAGCACCUCAACCGCAACGCUAGCCGGGACAGGACGCGAUACAAGGUUCUUGUUAUGGGACGACACGGUGAGGGUUGGCACAAUGCUGCCGAGGCUUUCUAUGGAACACCAGCCUGGAACUGCUACUGGGGCCUUCAGUCUGGUAACGGCACAGCCAUCUGGGAGGAUCCCCUCCUCACACCCGCCGGUGUCAAUGAGGCUCUCAAGGCCAAUGCCUACUUCAAGUCCCGGUUCGAAGACGAAGGCAUGCCGUUUUUUGACAAGUACUAUGCUUCUCCCUUGAGCCGCUGCAUCGAGACAGCCCACGAGACAUUCAAGGGUCUGGACCUCCCCAAGGAUAAGCCUUUUGUGCCUCUCGUUAAGGAGCUUCUUCGCGAGGGUAUCAGCAUCCGUACAUGCGACCACCGCAGCAACAAGACCUACAUCAGCACUCUAACACCCAAGAUCAAGUUCGAGAAGGGGUUUGCUGAGAAGGACCCUUACUGGACUGGCAAGAAGGGCGAGACGGGUGAACAUCAACUAGAGCGAAGCAAGGACGUCCUCGAUGAUAUCUUCACCGCUGAUAACUCUGUGUGGAUCAGCAUCAGCAGCCACUCUGGCGAAAUCACCAAGCUUCUUCAGGCCCUUAACCACAGACCUUUCCGCCUCGCUACUGGCCAGAUCAUUCCCGUUCUCGUCAGGGCUGAUAUAGUGAAUGAGGAACCUUCCUCUACUUAUGCAUCCUGGAUGACCGAAGCGACCUGCAACGCCCCGCCUGUGACUAGCCUCUCUGGACAGGGUUGCGUGUGCUCGACUACAUUGGCAUCUGCACCAGCAAAGGCAACAUAG